UUGUGAAAAAUUACGACCCUAAACAGCCUAACACUUUCCUCUUCAUGAUAGACGCGAACAAUUUAUACGGCGGGAUUAUGGAAAAAUUUCCUCUUCCACUUAACUCAUUCGAGUUUAAUGACCAAGUUACUAUAGCCGUAAUUCUCAACACGAGCAGAGAAUCCGAAAUUGGAUACAUUUUGGACGUCGAUCUUUUAUACCCCGAUCAUUUGCAUGAUGCACAUUCGGAUUACCCACUCGCCCCAACAAAAGAAGUUGUGUCCAAAAUGUGGCUCAGUGAGCUUCAAUUGGACAUGUUGAAAAAAAUGAACAUUUCGGAUAAAGUGGGCACUACGCCAAAGCUCAUACAAAACUUCUUUCCAAAGAAAAACUAUACUGUACACUACCUAACACUUCAGCUCUAUGUCAAACUUGGUUUGAAAAUUGAAAAAGUUAAUCGAGUACUGCAGUUUAGACAAGAAAAAUUUAUUGCACCAUAUGUUCAGUUGAACACUGAGCUCCGAAAAAAAGCUACUACCAAGUUUGAACAAGAUUUCUUCAAGCAAAUAAUAAAUAGUGCGUUUGGAAAAUUCUGCGAAUCAAAAAGGAAUCGACUUAUUGUAGAUAUUGUUCGCAAUGCUGAAGAACUGCAAAAUUUAUCAAGGAAAAAAAGAUUUAGCAGUAUAAAAAUUAUUGACCAACACUUGGUAUCUGUAACCUCAAAACCUGUGAACAUUAACUGGGAUAAGCCCACAAUUGUUGGUGCAACGAUACUAGAUUUGGCAAAAUUUUACAUGUUCCAGUUCCAUUACAACAUAAUCAAGAAAAAUUUUGACGCAACUCUUUUAUAUUCGGACACUGAUUCGUUCCUGUAUGAAAUCCGCAGCAAAGAUCUCUACAAGGAAAUUGAGAAAAACCAUGAACUGCGAAAUCAUUUUGACUUUUCAAAUCUACCAGUCACCCACCCCCUCUACACCAACGAGAAUUUGCGCGUUACCCUGAAAUUCAAGGACGAGUUUGCUGGGGAGAUCAUACAGGAGUACGUCGGACUAAAACCCAAACUGUACAGCAUUAUUUCUUCGAACAUGGACAAAAAAAGCGCUAAAGACAGAGUAACUACUAGUCCUUUCGGACAUAAACGUUUGCGUGAGGAUAUGUUCAUAAGAGAAAUUGGGCGCACCAUGGACUGGGGCGAAUACGACGUAGACGACGACGCCGUGGUCCCAACUCCCACCGAUAACGGAAGUGGGGAGGAUUUGGCUGAAGCUAUAGAAGCGCAGGGUGGGUAUUAUGUGGAUAUUUUUACUCUACCAGAUAUGGGGUUCAACCAACCCACAUACACUGAUCAAGAGCUAGAACAGGAUUUGGUAGAUUUCGACCAGCUAAGUGAGCAAAAUGAGUCAGAACCAGCAGCGUACAACUGCCCCUAUUUGGACAUUGAAGCUCGGGAAGAAAACGAGCGGGAAGAAAUUAGACCACCUAAACGGCGGCGGUGCUUAAAUCGACGUGCUUUUAUAUUAGACGAUUCUGACUAA